CGGUGGCUUUGAACGCAGCUUGGAGUACGCGAACGCGUCGCGGGAAACUACAAAUCUCCCAGUGUCUGAAACGCUCAUGACUCCACUGUAUUAAAAAUCCACCAAUGGAAAAGUUUGUGAUUCAGGAUCGGAACAAACGUCGCUGCACCAGUGACACUCCAGCAGGAAGUCCGAGAAAAAAGAUUAAACAGGAAAGAGACGAGAAAAUAAAGGAGGAAGACUCUGAAGAUGAUGAGGAUGCAGCCUUUGCAGAGUUCUCCAAUGCUGUUCCCUGGCAAAAAAUAGAAGCAGAGGGACUAGACUGUGAUUAUGCACUGCUUUUCUCUAAAGAGGAGGCAGACUGCCUUUUUACACAGCUGGAGGAGGAGGUGGUGUAUGCAACAGGUGAAGAGUCAAAGGUCCAGGUGUAUGGAAAGGUGUACAACAUACCGAGAAAGCAGGCCACGUAUGGAGACGCAGGCCUAACGUACACUUAUUCUGGGGUGAGGCGUAUAGCCUGCCCAUGGACUACAACUUUGGAAUACAUUCGAGACACUGUCACUAAAACGACAGGACAGACAUUCAACUUUGUCUUGGUCAACAGGUACAAAGAUGGGCAAGAUCACAUGGGCGAGCACCGUGACGACGAGAAGGAGCUGGACCCCGGCUGUCCCAUCGCGUCGGUCUCUCUGGGAGCAGCGCGGGACUUCUUCUUCAAACACAGAGACUCGCGAGGAAAGCAGAGCCGCCGACAAAUUGAACCUGUGAAGCUGGAGCUCGCUCACGGAAGCCUGCUCCUCAUGAACCCGCCGACCAACACCUUCUGGUACCACAGCCUCCCUGUCCGCAAGAAGAUCCUCCUGCCUCGCAUUAACCUCACAUUCAGGCGCAUUCUGCUGGACAGCAAGCGUGAGACCAAGGCAAAGCCGGGUGUAAGUUAGGGACAUGGCCAUGUGCACAGCCACUAACAGCACAGCUCCAAUUUAAGCAACUUGACACUCUGGAGGAAGACUGUCUUAAUUUUUUUCAGUGAAUCAGCAUUUAACUUUGCUCAACUCAUAUUCAUGUUUCUGUUCGAAAAGAAGGCAAAGACUUCAGAUCAAUAAAUGUAAACAGUUGACUUGUGA